CAUGAAAUAGUAUCCAUUCGUUGUUUUCUUUGUUACAAUGGGUAAAGUAAUCCCCAUAGUCUAUCUCACAACAUUCUUAUUCCUAUUUGGAGAAAGUCUGCAACCAGCACCAAGAGCCGAACUCUACGAGCGAAUUCUAUGUCGCAAUCAUUACAGGAGUACGACCGACGUCAUUCAUGACUGCAAAAUCUCAGCAGUACAGCAGCAAUUAGCGCUUCUGGGUGGUCUUGAACGACUUUCCAAUUUCAUACCUUCAUUGUUCGCCAUCCCAUUUGCUGCGCUCGCCGAUAGAUAUGGCCAUUCUUUUAUCUUGUCUCUCGCCUUUUUCGGCAUUUUCCUCGAAGAGUUGUGGCCGAUGAUCGUCUGCUAUUUCCCGGACAUAUUCCCUAUUCGACUUAUUUGGCUGCACUUCAUCUUCAACAUCUUUGGCGGAGGCCAGACUAUGAUAUGGACGCUCCUCCAUGUGAUUGUCGCGGAUCACGUCGAUGCUACGACGCGAAGUACCAUUUUCUUCCGCAUACGUGCAGCUGGCACUGGGUCAGCUGUCAUUGGCUACGCCGCUUCAGGUGCGCUCAUGAAGAUUAGCAUAUGGCUACCUCUUAUCAUUGCCCUUACGUCGUUCCUUCUCGGUAUGGUCGCAAUGAUGUUUGUGCCAUCUCAACGUGUCGGCAAGUCGGACGACGCCGACAAUGAAAGUUGGCAAGACAGAAUCCGGUCUGCCAUCCAGUAUCCGAAAUUCGUGUUCUCAGUGCUGUCAGGCAACGCGAAGGUGAUGAUAAUCAUGGCCCUGGUGACCAUUGCGCAGCUCGGAUUCGAUUCACUGCCUUUGAUGCUAUCCAUCUAUGUCUCAAAGAAGUUCGAAUGGAGCUUUGCUAAUGCAAGCUUCCUGCAUUCUCUACAGAUGCUCGUUGAACUAACGACUUGCCUGACUAUCCUUCCCUUGAUAGCUAUGGGUCUUUCGAGAUACGGCGUAUCGCCCUUCUCUAAAGAUCUAUACAUUGCACAAGGCAGUGUUGCAGCUCUUGUGAUCGGCCUAUGGUGCCUAGGUCUUGCGCCUGUCAUAGGUUUAGCUGUUUUUGGAAUCGUCAUGGCCGGCCUUGGUACGGCCCAAGAGUCUGUCUUGCGAUCGAUGGUGACGGAUAUGGUCGAUCCCGAGGGGGUGAGCAUCGCCUACUCCGCCAUGACCAUGCUACGCACUAUCGGAGCGUCUGUCUCUGGCCCCAUCUAUGCCGGCUUGUAUGCCGCAGGGUUGGAUCAUGGAUGGUCUUGGUUGGGUCUUCCUUACUUGUUUGCAGGAGGGCUGUUCGCAUUGAUCUUUGUGGUGUUGCUUUUCUUCAAAGAUUCAUCGGCGUACCAACCUAUUCCGAAUGAAGAGGUAGUGGAUGAGGACGAUGCAUGAUCUGUUGAGAACAUUAUUUCUUUGGAGGUCUAGCUGUAUGGGUUUGACCUUGCCAUAUACUAAGGUUGCAUGCAUAAGCGUUUAUGUGCUGGAAGCGAGCAUCUUCAAGUAUUGUUGCAUUUGCAGCGAUGAAUUCUAACCAUCUAAAAACAAGAUGAGUGAUCUUUCAGCGCACAGCACUGAUUUGGUUAAGUAUAUAUACG